CUCCUUUUUUUCCUGUGCACUGCGCGCUCUGGUGAGAGGAGCAGCUGCAGCAUCAACAACAGGAAGACAGGAAUCCGCCUGCGUGCUUAUAUGGAGCAGUCAUUCACACUUUCACGUGCGUGUGGAACCACAACUCCCUGCGACAGUCGAGACUAACCCGGACAUGGAGCUGUGUUUGCGGCUGCUGGCCGGCGGUUCGCUGCUGCUGCUGCUGCUCCUCUCCUCCGGGGCGGAGGGCAAAGAGAGAGUUUACUAUGUUGGGAUUAUUGAGGACGCGUGGGAUUACGCGCCAAGUGGAAAGAAUCUGCUCAACGGGGAACUCAUCGAAGCAGACGAGCAUGCGUCCAUUUUCCUGGAAAGAGGACCCAACCGCAUCGGCAGGGUUUAUAAGAAAGCCAUGUUCCGACAGUACACGGAUGCGACGUACAGCAAACGGGUCCCCCAACCAGUUUGGUUGGGCUUCCUGGGUCCAGUGCUGCGAGCUGAGGUCGACGACGUUAUCGUGGUCCACCUGAGGAACUUUGCAUCCAGGAACUACUCCAUGCAUCCUCAUGGAGUUUUCUAUGAGAAGGAUGCAGAAGGGGCGCUCUAUCCAGAUGGGACGUCGGGCAGGCUGAAGGAGGACGACUCUGUCCCUCCAGGAGGCAGCUACACCUACCGCUGGGAGGUUAGGCCAGAAUUCGCCCCCACUGAUGGUGAUGCAAACUGCCUGACCUGGGUCUACCACUCUCACGUAGACGCUCCCAUGGACAUCUCCUCAGGACUGAUAGGGGCUUUACUCACUUGCAAGAAAGGCAUCUUGAAGGAAACACAAAUAGGAUCUGCCCAAGACUCCGCCCGUCAUGAUGUGGACCAGGAUGUCUUUUUGAUGUUCCAUGUAGUGGAUGAGAACCUGAGUUGGUACCUGGACGACAACAUUGAGAGUCUCUCUAAUCCAGAUGAAGAAGACCCUGAUUUUCAAGAGUCAAACAAGAUGCAUGCUAUUAACGGCUACAUGUUUGGAAACCUCCCCGGGAUCCAGUUGUGCCAGCAUCGUGCGGUAGCCUGGCAUUUGUUCGGCAUGGGUAACGAGGUGGACAUUCACUCUGCCUUUUUCCAUGGGAAUACACUGCUGGACCGCGGUCACCGCACGGAUGUCCUCAGCCUGUUCCCAGCCACGUUUGCUACUGCUGAGAUGGUCCCGAAAUCUAAAGGAAAGUGGCUUCUGACCUGCCAGGUUAAUGACCACUUGCAGGCUGGGAUGCAGGCCUUCUAUGAAGUCAAGUCAUGUGGCGAUGGAUCCAGCACCACAGCGCCCGCUGGUGCUGUGAGGGAUUACUUCUUGGCAGCAGAGAAAGUCGUGUGGAGCUACGCUCCCUCUGACAAGGAUCUGAUUAACAAUGUGUCCCUGACUGACGCUGACAGGGCAUCAGAGGUGUUUUUUGGAAGAGAGGAAGGAAGGAUUGGAGGUCAAUAUAUGAAAGUGGUCUACAGAGAGUACACAGACAACACCUUCACCAUCAGAAAACCAUCAAGACCUGAUCAGGAACAUUUAGGAAUCUUGGGUCCAGUGCUGAGGUCAGAGGAAGGAGACACUCUCAGGGUGACAUUCAUGAACAAGGCUGAUAGAAAAUACAGCAUCCAGCCUCAUGGUCUGCACUAUGACAAACAGUUCCAGGGAAGCAACUAUGAGGACGGUGUUGACAAGCCCGGCUCUCGCGUCGGUCCAGGUGAGAGCUUCAUCUACACCUGGCAGGUCCUAGAAGGUCCAUCUUCAUCUGAUUCCCCCUGUAUCCCCUACUUAUACUACUCUGCCACUGAUCCGGCCGUGGACACCAACUCUGGAUUAGUGGGACCUCUGCUCGUGUGCAAGAAAGGCAUGCUGGGGGCGAACGGAACCCAGAAAGGCGUGGACAAGGAGUUCUUCCUUCUCUUUUCUGUAAUGGAUGAAAACAUGAGCUGGUAUUUGGAGGAGAAUAUUGAGAGAUUUGGAAGCAACCAGAGCGACCCAGAAGCUGACGACUUUGUGGAGAGCAACAAGAUGCAUGCUGUAAAUGGACGCAUGUAUGGGAACCUUGACGGACUGGAUAUGUGUGCCGGGGACAAAGUUUGGUGGUACACCUUUGGGCUAGGUACAGAGGUGGACAUCCAUGGAGUUUAUUUUGAAGGGAACACCUUUAAGAAGCAGAGCACGACACGAGACACUGUCAACCUGUUCCCUCACAUCACUGCGACUGUCGCCAUGCAGCCCAACAUGCCUGGUGUGUAUGAGGUGAGCUGCAGAGUCACAGACCACUUCUCAGCUGGCAUGAGGCAGCAGUACAGAGUCGGCCUCUGCCCGGGGCGUAAGGUCAAUGCCACCCGAACGCAGCCGACCAAGACUGUCCAGUACUUUAUUAGUGCUGAAGAACUGGAGUGGGACUAUUCUCCCGCGAGAGACUGGGAGCUGGAGAAGCACCAGGCCACAUCAGAGGACAGUCCAGGCAGCACUUUUGUGGAGAAAGCAGAGAACAGAAUUGGAUCACGCUACAAGAAGGUGGUUUACAGAGAAUACACGGAUGAAACCUUCAGAAUUCAGAAGAUUCGGACGUCCAGUCAACAGCACCUGGGGAUUCUGGGUCCAUUAAUCAAAGCCGAGGUCGGAGAGCAGAUUGUGAUCACAUUUAAGAACAAAGCCAGUCGGCCGUACUCCAUCGGUGCACAUGGAGUCAAAGCGAGUGGCGCUCACGUUCCUGUCAAACCUGGUCUCAUUCUUGAAAUGACGUGGGACGUUCCUGUAAGCUCUGGUCCUGGAGUCACAGAUCCUAACUGCAUAUCUUACGCCUAUUUCUCCAACGUUGACUUCAUUAAGGACCUGUACAGUGGUCUGCUGGGGCCUCUGGUGAUCUGCAGGCCCGGGACUCUGCAGCACGGCGAGGGGCCCGGCAGAGCGAGGGCAGACGUGGAGAAGGAGUUUGCGCUGCUCUUUAUGGUGCACGAUGAAAACCAGUCGUGGUACGUGGAUGAAAACAUCAGGACGUACCUCGGCGUUGAUCCUGGCACCUUCACGAGAGACGAAGACUUUGAAGAGAGCAACAUGAUGCACGGGAUCAAUGGGAAACUGUACGGUAACCUCCAUGGACUGGAGAUGAUGCAGGGCCAGAAGGUUGACUGGUAUCUUCUGGGGAUGGGGAAUGAAGUGGAUAUGCACACUGUACAUUUCCACGCUGAGACGUUUACUUACAAGACGGACCGCGUCCACCGUGCUGACGUCUUUGACCUCUUCCCCGGGACUUUCCAGACUGUGGAGAUGGUUGCUGGGAAUCCAGGAACUUGGUUGCUCCACUGUCAUGUGACGGAUCACAUUCACGCUGGCAUGGAAACCACUUUCACCAUCAAAGAAAAAAGCUUCUCAAAAGCCCCGGACGCUGAAGGCUCCAUGAAGGUGCUGCUGCUCACGCUCGCGCUCGUCUUGUUACUGUAGGUGAGCUGCACUGACGACACUGGACUGUAUGUAACCACAGAGAAGCACUCGACAGCUCCAGGGACAAAUCUAGUUGUGCAUGUAUGUGUGUUGUACUGUAUAUAGAUAUGACUGUGUGUGGUUCUGUUCUCUGACUGUCACAAAGCACUGCUGUAUUUUAUUUCACCAAAGAAUUCAUUCUGUCUGCUGUUUAAAAGUGCUAGAACCACGUAUCACCACAAGGUGGCGUUACCUUCAAAAAGUUUUUUAUUGUUGUCUGAUGAUUUUUUGCAGCUUUUAUUACAAACACAGUAACUUUUACGUGGAAUUCCUGCAAACAUGUGCUGUCCUGUGGCGGCUGAUCAGAUCAAUAAAUGUUUUUGAUAAGGUUAAAGGAAA